AUGGCAGAACGAAGAGCUAGGCUGAGCGCCGAGUUGAAACGGGCUGGUCUCCCUUCCUUGGGCAACUUCGAAGUGGAAACUCAACUUCGUUGUCUUCGUGUUCAAGGAAAUGAUAUGUCUAUCGGCGACAUUUGUAAAUUGUCGAAUGGGUACAUGGAAAGAGGCUAUCCAAAGUUGACGGAUUUGGUAGGAGUCGUUGCCCCUGCGAUUCGCCAACACUUGCUUCAGGAGCAAGGAUGUUGGAAAAGCAAUGACCCAGCAUGCCAGGCCUUUGUGGCUGCCUCUGAUGACUUUCCCACAGUUCAGUCCGUCAAGUCGAAACAGGCGGCACAAGACAAGACUGAGCGUGUCAAGAAGCUAGAAGAUGCGUUUAAGAAGCAAGGGCUGACCGCGGCGGCACCAGGGAUAGCGGGGACUCGUUGCGAGGCUCAGAGUCUUUCGCAGGCCUCGUGGCGUUAUAUCGACAAGGGAGGAGGGAACGCCGACACGAUUGCCUUUGCUGCUGCUGUUGAGGCACGACGACAAAAACUUGUAUCCGCUUUUGGGGAUCUGGGUCUUGAAUGCUCCGAUGCUCUUCGUAAACCGCCGUCAUAUGGACUAGUAUCGAAGCUGUCGGACAUCCGUGAAAUUGAGGAUCUCGUCAAACGUUCCUGUGGAACGGUAACAGACUCACCUAUUGUACAUUUCCUCUUGGGCAAGGAAGACCGCGUUCGCGUCCAUGAAGUUGUUGAGGCCGCAUUUGCGGAACGAGCAUCGAGGCAAUCAUUUGUUGAAGCAUCCGCAAUGGAAUUUGAUCUUGAUCUGGCCGGCCUGGGGACAGCAAACCAAUACUCUUCCCUCUUCCACCUACUCAAGACUUUUGUGAAAGAUGGCACCGGUGAUGGGAGACGGAUUGUGGCAACAAUUGCCUUCCACGAGCGGCUUAGGAAACGCUGGGUGCAGCGUUACAAUGCUGACAGACUAUUCCGCGAGUCACCUCGUACAGAGGAGCGCUUCAAGGCAGCUGCCAAUGAAUCCAGUCAGCGAGUUCUAGCUCUUGCUCAAGAACUAGAGGAGGAGAGCGACGAACGCCUCAGGGCAGUCAUGACCGGUCGUCUCCAGGCUUUACGAGAUGAGCAUGGGAGAGACACACCCUCUUUGAGUAACGAAGAGGAAGAACGAAUCAAGAAGAGUAGUUUUGUUUUAUACGGGGUUGGUUCACUGAAGGCAGAAAUCUCGUCAUAUCGAGAAGGGUUGCGCCGAGCGAAGCUGAAGAAAGCUGUGACGGAAGCAGAUCUGCCAAUGACUUUCUCCUAUCGCGACAAGCGCUUUGAGCAAUUCAUCAAGGGGGAAAGCUGUUUCCCUAGCGAGAAAGAUUUUGUUUUAGCGUUGCAGGAAGAAAAGGCUGCGCGGCAGGCAGACGUUGUGGACAAGCUCGCCAGUUUGGGCGGCAUUUCUGAACUGCCUCAUCACCAUCCAAUCUUGCGCUAUGUGGAUGAGGGCAUCGGCUGUCCCGAAAAAUUGCUCGGGAAUUACCGCGAAGCUCGACUUCAAGCGCUCCUCCGACGUUCUGGGGUGACCACAUCACUGCCCAGAGCUUCAACACUACCGUCGUGUCUGGCAUUUGUCCAAGGUACGAGCCAGCAAUCCUGCGAAGAACUGGUGUCAUCUGUGAUAAGUGGAAGGACAACGCGAGAGCAGGAGAUUGCCCAAGCGAUAUCAGCCUGUGAUGAGACCAGCGAGAGCCUAUUUAAAAACCGCCGAUACCGAGACCGCGGCAGUGAACUCGAACUUGCUGUGAAGUUCUACGUGGAAAUGGGAGGGUGCAGCGUCGGAUGGAUUGCAGAGGCAAUUACAUACCAUUCCCACCUUUUCAAGGCAGACCAAGUUUUUGGAGAAUUGAGCAGACUUCUUCCUACCUUCUCACUUGCAGAAGUCUCUGAAUGGCAUCGCGAGCUAAGUGAGGCAGCAGUUCCUCUGAUUGGCACUGUUGUUCACAACUGUCUUUGUGAUGUUACGGGAAUACUCCGGGCUUCGAGAGUUAAAGACAGUUCGGCGGUCUCCUCACUUGACGUUGCAGCGUGCAUCUCCCAAACUAUAUCCGCCUUCUGUGAACCAGGAUUCAUUGAUUCGGUGCAGUACGGAAUCUCCCAACAUCACGAUACGCAGUACGAUCAGCGAAUCGUUCUGCUCCUAACACGUCCCAAUGCAUGCUGCUGGAAAAGCGCGGAAGAGGUCGUGAGAGAGAUCAGGCAGGAACGAAAGGAUAGGAUUGAGCUUUUUGACAAGCACUGUCCCAGUAGUGCAUACGCGGAAACUACGUAUGCUUCAAGAGACUACGCGCGUUUAGGCGUACCGACAUCGGCACGUGCAUGGGGUAGGCUAACCGAUCAAGACAGAGAAGAUGCUUUCAUUUACAAAAGUGGUCCACGUGCAGAUUUUGUCAAUGGCAAACUCACUUUGGAGGCUGCUGUUCGCGAAACUCGCCGCCAACAAAGGUUCGAGGUGACGAAAGCGGCGUUAUCAGCGGCAUCAUUGCCCGCCUCUCUCAUGGAUAAGAAUCAGGACUGCGUUGACUUUGUCGACGGCGACAGUCAAGCGGAUGAAGGCAACACCUCUGCUUCUGCGUUGAUCUCGAGAUUGCAGGAGCAAAAAGCAUUGCGUAUUCGGCUCCUUGACCUGAUUUUUUCACAUGCAUCUAUCGUUGACACUUGCAUUGACUAUGGCUCGGCCGUCUACGACAACGACCCCUGGGCGGCCGAUGGCGAUCGCCAUUUUCCAACUCGAGAGUACCAUCGAUGCACUCGAAUGAAGUAUAUCGAGUUGGGUGAAGGGGAGCCAGAUGAUGUGCUGCAUACAUGCAUCAUGCAAAGACGAAUGCAACGAGCUGAAAAAGCCAUUUGCAGUCGUUUUGGAUAUUGCAUUCAAAACCAGGACCACGAAUGUUGGAUGCGGAAGAGCAAGACGUGCAAGGAGUUCGUUGCGAGGGUUGAGUCCGGUUUGCCUACCGAUGAGGAGAUUGAAGCCCUUCUACAAAUGCUUGAGAAGAAGAUCAACAAUGCCGUCAAAACAUCAGAUGGUGCAGGUGGCACCGAAGAAAGCGACGACGAGCGCAGUAGCUACAUUGGUGAUGACUACGACUAUGACUACGAUUAUGACCUUGGUUUUGGUUACGGUGGAAACUACUAG